AAGAGUUUUUGUAGUUACCGAGCUCUAUAGCGGAUUUUUUUAAAAUUAUUUGGUUUUUUCUUGUUAGUUGGGCCUUUAUCUUCAAUCUUCAGAAUAAAUUUUGAAUGGUACUGCCAUUUUAAGUGUUGCAUUUUUAUUAUUUCUCUAGAAUAACAUGACUAUCAAAACCAUUAUAAUGUUUUCUCUUUCUGGACCAUUUGCUGUUGCUUUUGCUAAUAAAGCUAGAGGAUGGCACAUUCUUAGAAAUCCUCAUGUACAUGUUUUAUGCUCAUUAUUUGGUAUAAGUCUUGGGAUGUGGUGUAGUAAUUUUGAAGAUACAUUUGAUGAUCGUAUGCGUGAAAAUUAUAAAGAAAAUCCGACGGCCAAUAACCGAACUAGAGAGUCGCUAUUGGUAUUUCAAAAUAUAAUGAAACAAAGAGAAGAAAAUAAAAUUCUAUUUGAAGCAGAUAAAAAAAAUUUUGAUAUUUCUGAAGCAGAAGAAGAUUCUGAAUGAAAAGAAUAUUUUGUGUUUUAUAAAUAAAAACAAUUGUAGCAUUGUUUUUAAAAAGUUUUUUUAAAAUUA